GACAUAUGCUAUGCUCCAGCCAAGCUGGAGCAGUUACCUGGGUCCAUGGAGAAGACCAAUUCUUCAGUUGUGUCUGAGUUUGUGUUGCUGGGACUCUCUAUUUCUCAGGAACUCCAAUUUUUCUUUUUUAUUUUCUUCUCCAUGUUGUAUGUGGUCAUUGUGAUAGGGAAUCUUACUAUCAUCAUCACAGUGGCUUCUGAUGCCAGCCUUCACUCCCCCAUGUAUUUUCUCCUGGGAAACCUUUCCUUUGUUGAUAUCUGUCAGGUAUUUGCUACACCUAAGAUGAUUGCAGAUCUUCUGCAUGAACACAAGACCAUAUCAUUGAGUGGCUGCAUAUCCCAAAUUUUCUUCAUUCACCUUUUUACUGGAGGGGAGAUGGUGAUACUUGUUUCCAUGGCCUAUGACAAGUAUGUGGCCAUUUGUAAACCCCUACACUAUCUGAUCAUCAUGAACCAAAGGACAUGCACUGUCUUGGUAAUAAUCUCCUGGGCUGUGGGUUUGGUGCAUACAUUAAGCCAGUUAUCAUUUACUGUGAACCUGCCUUUCUGUGGCCCCAGUGUGGUAGACAACUUUUUAUGUGACCUCCCUCGAGUGACUAAGCUUGCUUGUCUGGACUCUUUUGUCAUUGAAGUACUAAUUGUGGUUAAUAGCAGCGUUCUUUCCCUCAGCACCUUCUCGAUCUUGGUCAGCUCUUACAUCACUAUUCUUGUCACAGUCUGGUUCAAGUCUUCCAGUGCAAUGGCCAAAGCGUUGUCUACACUGGCUGCCCACAUCACAGUAGUAAUAUUCUUUGGGCUGUGCAUCUUCAUCUACAUGUGGCCUUUCACUACCUAUGCUGCAGGUAAAGUUCUUGCUAUUUUCUACACUGUCUUCACUCCCGCCCUAAACCCGAUCAUUUACACACUAAGAAACAAGGAUAUGAAGACUGUCAUGAGGAAGAUUGCAGCCCAUUAUCUAACCCCCCCAAUUUCUGAAGUGCCACUAGUAGUGAGCUAUUCCCUUUAUUGA